AUGAGAUUAGGCCAGCUUGUAAGAAUUCCCAUCAUUCAGGCACCAAUGGCAGGUGUUUCAACACCACAGCUGGCUGCCGCAGUAUCGAACGCGGGCGCUCUGGGCUCUAUUGGUAUCGGUGCAAGUAGUUGCGAAGUGGCGGAACAGAAGAUUUUGGAAGUACGAAAACUUACCUCAAAGCCGUUUAAUGUCAAUGUGUUCUGCCAUAAGCCUGCGAUACGUGAUUGCGUGAAGGAGAAGAAUUGGAUCAGGCAUCUGAGUCCUCUUUUCAAAGAACUGGGUGCUGCGCACCCACCGAAAGACUUGAAUGAAAUCUACAAAUCUUUUGUUACUGAUCAGGAAACCUUUGAAAUGCUAAUUCUUCAAAAACCCCACGUUGUUAGCUUCCAUUUUGGACUACCAUCCAAAGAAUGGAUCUCCAGCUUCAAAAAGAACGGUAUCCUUACAAUGGCCACGGCCACUAGCCUCGGCGAAGCUAAAACCAUCGAGGAAGCUGGUGUCGAUUUCAUUGUUGCUCAAGGUGCUGAAGCAGGUGGUCAUCGUGGUGUCUUUGACGUGAAUGUCGCAGAUGAGAUGCUUACUACCAACAAGUUGGUUCAAUUACUUCAAGAUGGCAUUAAAACGCCAAUUAUAGCAGCUGGGGGGAUCAUGAAUGGGGCACACAUACAGGCCAUGAUGUCCCUAGGUGCCGAAGGUGUUCAAAUGGGUACUGCUUUUCUUUUGUGUCCUGAAUCUGCUACGAGCGUGAAGUACAGGGAGUCGCUGAAAACCGUCACCCAGUCAAAACUUACCUCCGUGAUCUCGGGGAGGCCCGCAAGGGGAAUUGUGAACAAAUUUGUCAAGUAUGGGGAAUCUCCAAAUGCUCCAACUCCUCCUGCUUACCCAAUAGCAUACGACGUAGCCAAAAGAUUGGAUGCGCUGGAUCGUGCCCAUAGAAAUACAGGGGAAUUUGGAGCGUUUUGGGCCGGUGCAGAGGCCCGUCUGUGUCGGGAGAUGAAUGCUUCCCAGCUGGUAUCUGCUCUUGCUCGAGAAGCAAAAUUCGAAUAG